AUGCAUGCCUUCGGCGAAUAUAGUCACUCGGGCACGACGUUCUGCAGGCAAGAGUGGCUGCAACCUUCAACAUGGGAGCAACGCGUGGCAGCAGACGGGGUGCAGCUGCCAUAUCUGUGCGCGACAGCCCAUGAAGAAUCUCGGAGGACUCACCAGGAUCCAAUGUGGACUUCUGCUCAAAACUCUCUCACGCCCAACCUUGAAAGCAGCUCGCGAGAGUCAAACACGUAUGUACACGGUGGUUCCGCGAGCAUCCCGACGAGCGGACAUACGAGCUCGCUUUCCUCAAGCCGAUCGCUAUCUCAGACGAAUGCGAGCCUUAACGAAGGCUGGCUCGGUCAAGAGGCGUACGAUAUCGUGCACGGAGACGGAGAGCAAAGGCAAGUAUUUCCAACCAAGUGGGAGGAAGACCAUCAUGUCGGAAUCGUCCAUGAAAACGGCCCGUACGGCGCCUUGGCAAACUCAAUUGACGGACACAAUCACGACCUCGCGGUUCACUUUCCUCGGGAAGCCGUAGAAGCAGCAGCGUGCCAGCUUUCGGGGCCGGGCUCAAGCGCACUUGAUGCGAAUAGCAAUCUGGUGGGAGGCCGAAUGGAAGAGGGUUGCAUCGGAUCGAAGAAACGGAUCUGGUAUCGCGCGCCGAACGGACAAUUCGCAUCUGCGACGCAAGCUGUUUCUGGACAGCUUGCUCGAGAUGAGAAUGGCAGCGGUAGCGGACAAGGUGGUUCGAGGGGCAGUGUCGCUAUCCGGCGCAUCCGACGACGUCGAAAAUCGGAAGAGGUAGAACGCAAGUAUCGAUGCGAUUUUGACGGCUGCGACAAGGCGUACGGCACGCUCAAUCGUACGUAUCACGCUCGCAUGCAUGGCGACGAAGACGAAGCGGCCGCUUAA